UCAUCAGACAGGGAGGCGCGUUGCAGAGGAGAGGAUUGGUUGGGUAAGAAGACUUCGUGACCCUCCAUCUGUCUCCCCCAAACCCGGCUGUGGUGGAGGCAGGGGCGGCGACUGCCCAGAGCUCCUUUCGUCCUUGCUCUGGAGAUCCCAAGAACAGCAGGAUACUCAGCCAAGCGCCAAGAUGAGUCUCAAGAUUGAUCUGGAAACCAACUUUGCUGAGUGUGUUAUCGAUAUAGGAAAGGCCACUCUCGGGGUUGAUCAAAGGUUGAGAAUGAACCCUGUAUUGCGAGAGAAACAGAAUAAUGCUAUCUUGCAAGCAAUGUGUGCUCUGCUGAAUUCUGGUGGGGGAGUGAUCAAGGAUGAGACUGAUAAUGAAGGAUACCAUUAUGAAAGGGAUGGAGUUGGGGUAGAACUCCCUACACUUUUCAGAAGCUACAUAGAUAAGAUGCAACAGGGAAACCUCUUCUUAAUAUUUGUGAAAUCGUGGAACAUGGCCAUCUCUGGUUUAUGACUUGCUACCUUGUGCUCCAACUUGUACCAGAGGCUUGGGACAUCUACUGAGGUCAUGGACCCUCAGGAAGCACUGGUAUUCCUUAGAAGGAAGUCUCAGACUCCUAUGAAUAAUAUAGAUCAUAACUCAUUAAGUCUACAGGAAGCUGAGGUUGGUGUACAAGAUGAAGGUGACAUGAGGAAGUUGGCAAAUGAAUUAUUUAACAGUUCUCAGCUUCAGUACCUGGAAAAACUCCACUUUGUCAAAUCCAUGUAUGUUGAAUUCCAAAUGUUCACAACAGACCUGCUACAACAUGUUAAAGAAACACUUCCCAAGUAAGUUUCUGCCUUUGCCAAUAGUGAGGGAGGCUAUGUCUUUUUUGGUGUGCAUGAUGACACUCAUCAAGUCAUUGGAUGUGAAAAAGAGAAAAUAAAUCCUGCUACCUUGUUGGACUCUAUUGGUGGUCGUAUAAAGAGGUUACCAGUCCAUCAUUUCUGUGCAUAGAACCAUAAGAUCCAACAUAACAUUAAAUUGCUUGAAGUACUUGAUAAUACCCUGUGUGGAUACAUCAUUGCUGUCAAAGUGGACCAAUUCUGCUGUGCAGCAUUUGCCCAAGUACCUGGCUCCUGACAAGUGAAAGACAACUCAGUGAGACAACUAUCUGCGAAGGAACGGGCAGCCUGGAUGGUGGUAGCUGACCCAGAUCUUUCUAGAUUUCCUGAGAUGAUCCUUGACCUGAGAGUGUAAUCUCCCACACCCAGAAGCAGGAUUGUAUGCACACAUAAGAACUUAAAAAGUCCAGAAGAACAGCAGAAAAGUUAUUUUUCAGGUAAUUGUCUUCUCUGCAAGAAAAACAUCUGCCUCGCAGUGAACCUGAAAACUUUCAUGAGAAGUAACUUUGAAGAGAUUCAACACAUCAUCAUUGAUGAAGCUCAGAAUCUCUGCAUUGAAGAUGGAAACUGGUAUAAAAUGGCAAAACGCAUCACUCAGAGAGACAAUAAUUGUCCAGGAAUUCUCUGGAUUUUUCUGGAUUAUUUUGGAAUUAACCACUUACAGUGCAGUGGUCUCCCUGAACUUGCAGCUCAGCAUCCAAGAGAGGAGCUGAUGGUCAUGGUCCGAAAUGCUGAUGUGAUAGCUCACUACCUUCAGGAGGUCAUGCAGGAAGUCAGAGAAAAUCCUCCACCUAACAUUCCCCUUGGGUCCCUGGUGUUGCUCCAUGAAGCUAAGUGGGUUCAGGGUGUCCCAGGCCAUGUAGAGUGUACUGAGUAUGCGAAUGUGGAAAACAUGGUGAACUCUGUGACAGAACAGUGCCAGAUUCUCUGCAGGAAUGAUUAUUCCCCAAAGGAUAUUGCUGCGCUCUUCAUCAAGGCAAAUGAGAUAGAAAGAUAUAAAAGUAUAUUUGUACAAGCAAUAAGGAAGAGAACAAUGUCUCAGAUGGAUGAGACAUCCGUUCCAUUGGUACAGAUCACAGAUGCUUCUGAUAAAGCUAAUCACAUUGUGGUGGACAGCCUCCACCGAUUUUUAGGCCUGGAAAGAAAUAUCAUGUUUGGCAUCAUUCCAUGGCAAUUCUCAUCGGCUAUUUUCCACAACCUUCGGUUCUGUCUGGCUUCCAGGGCAAGGAAAUACCUCUAUAUUCUGAAGGUUUCUAUUUGACAGAAAGAUGCCAGUGUCCAAAUUAGGUAGCUCCUGUCUCUAUUGAAUUACCUGUUUUGACGCUUCAAAUAUUUAAUGAGCACUGAUUUGUUAAGUCACAUACUCCUCUAGGCACUAAGGCUUGGGAAUAGUGUGGCAAAGAAGACUUGUAGAUUCCUCCGUGUGAUAGGGGUAGAUUCCAGACAGGUUAGUAAACACAGGGCACAUAAGUUUUGAUGGUUACAGGAGAUAUACAUCAGAGGGAUUAGAAAGACCUGAGACCCAGAGAUUGUGUGCAUGCAGGUAGGUAGAGGGAAGGAUCAGUUAGUUAUUCAGGAAGGUUAGAGAAGUGCUGAGAGAGGGAAGAGGCAAUCAUGAGACAAUCUCUGAGCUGUAUG